AUGCAGAAAGAAGCCGUAGAGCUUGUACGCAAAUGCCAUGAGUGUCAAAUUCAUAAUAUCGUACGACAUGGAUACCAUCCAUUACGUCCUAUUCAUGCUUAUAUACCCGGUGAUCAAUGGGCGAUAGACCUUGCAGGCCCAUUCCACACCUCAUAUCUCGGUAAUAGUUAUAUUCUAGUAAUGGUCGACGUAUGCACCCGCUUCUGCAUUAUACGUCCUAUACCCGAUAAGCAAUCCGAUACCAUAGUAAGAGAACUCAUUACCCAAUUUUCUACAUUCGGCUUUCCACGAUACCUCCAAAGUGACAAUGGAACCGAAUUCGUUAAUACCCUUAUAAAGAAGCUUUCCGAAGCUGCCGGAUUUGAUCAUCGUCUAACAACCCCUUACCAUCCACGUGCCAAUGGCGUCGCCGAACGCUACGUACAAACAACUGUGCGCACUUUGAAGAAAUCUAUCCAUGGUGCCACCAAAGAUUGGGACAUCUUCAUACCCGCUGUACAGCUAGCCAUAAACGCGAAAAUUACUAAACGUCAUGAUACCGCUCCUUUUAAUUUAAUGUUCGCACGCAAAGUUAAUGCUUUUAGAGAUUACAGAGAUGAAAAAGGUUUAGAACCUAUAACGUCUAAAGAAUGGAAGAAAAGAAUGAAUGAUAUGGAAAGGAUUGUAUUUCCUGCUAUAAGUGAAAGAGUCCAAGCCGUCAUAAAAGCACAAAAAGAUCAAUUCGAUCGUAAGCACUACCUUGUUGAAUUCAAAGAGAAUGAUGUUGUAAAUGUGAAAGUCCGUGACCGAUCUGGUAAGCUCGAUAGCACCAGCUAUGACGGUCCUUAUACCAUUGUGCGACAAACCAAAGGAGGAACGUAUGUACUUCGUAAUGCUAAUGGCGACAUUGAACCUCGCAACUAUCCACCAUCCGUAUUAAAAUUGAUAUCCCAUGAUAAUGUUAUACCCUGCGACGAGCUUUAUGUCAUUGACAGAAUCGUUGCACAUAAAGAAAUAAGACCUGGUGUCUAUAAAUACAAAGUACGAUGGAAGGGAUACAAUGAAGAUGAUGAUACCUGGGAACCUGAAGAGAACUUUACACAAAGGCAGACCAUUCUUGAUUAUUGGAAACAGCUAGGCCAACAGCCUAAGUAA